UAAUCUUUUCUUAUCCCCCCAGAAUAGACAUUCUUGUAACCUUUUGGCAAUUUUCUUAUGGAGUUCCCCUGGUUCUAUGAGGCUACUUUUACUGGUAAUAACUUCCGCUUACCGUCCAUUAGUAUCCAAUAGGCUUUCAGAAAGAGUUGUAAGACGAACUUGCAAUGCUAUAGGGCUUUUCCAGACACUAGCUUCUCACCCUCAUACAAAGAUGUCAUUUAUCAGAGCUUCUAUGCCAGAGUAUCUUUAUGCCUUCUUGAAAACCAGGAGCAGAGGAAGGAACUAUGAACGUCUAAGGUUCGCCAGCUUAGUUGUGAUUGGGUCCCUAGUAGAGGUUGACAAUCCAGAAGUUGUUGAUUACCUUCUUUCCACAGAAAUGUUUCCUUGUUGCCUAUGCUGCAUGGAAAUUGGCACAACAUUGUCAAAAACAGUGGGUGACUGGAUUUCUUUGACUGUUAUAUCAUUUGUUUUUCUGGCUUGAUAAUUAUGAGGGAAAAAUUGCUAUAUAAAGCUAGGGGUUAAGAGUCGGCUAAAUUCAAAGUUUAACCAUAUUCAAAUACAUGUAUAGUCCUGGUAACAUCCUUGACAUUUCUGUUUAUGAUGUGAUCAUGUGACAAACUGUGCAUUAUUCCACAUUUGCACUGUAAAAAUUGGAGCGAUGAAAUCUUAGGAAGUCCAAGAAAAUGAAAUUGAGUUAAAAUGGAAUAAACGGUUGGUCACCCAACUUUUAUAAGUUUUCAUUGGGUAUAGAAAAA